AUGCUCCGUGCGGGCAGGAUGGAGGAGUUUGUUACGGAGGAAGAGGAACCAUGGUACGACCAGCGUGACUUGAAGCAAGACUUACACUUGGCAGCGGAGCUCGGCAAAACCCUCCUGGAGCGUAACAAGGAGCUGGAGGAUUCCCUUCAGCAGAUGUACAUCAACAAUGAGGAUCAAGUGCAUGAGAUAGAGUAUCUGUCCAAGCAACUGGAGAUGUUACGCGAGAUGAACGAGCAGCACGCCAAGGUUUAUGAACAGCUGGACGUGACCGCCAGAGAGUUGGAGAUCACUAAUGAGAAGCUGGUUUUGGAGAGCAAGGCCUCGCAGCAGAAAAUAGACAGGUUGACGGGCACCGUGGAGACCUUGCAAGGUCAGGUGGACUGUUUGACCGCCCGGGUGGAGGAACUGCGAACUUUGGAUGAGCUCAGGGUCCUCCGAGAGAAGAGGGAACGCCGCAAGACGGUCCAUUCGUUUCCCUGCCUCAAAGAACUCUGCACUGCUCCAAGGUAUGAGGACGGUUUCCUGUUGGCCAACCCCGGUAGUGUGGACCUCACAGAGCGGCCUGCGGCAGAGGAGGAGAACGAGCGCCUGAGGGACAUCGUGACGUCGCUGCGUUCGGCCAUGGCGGCCGAGCGCUCCAAAAGGGAGUGUGCAGAGCGGGAAUGCGCCGCCGUGCUGCAGGAGUUCGACCGUAUUGAGCAGCGUCUGCUCGGAGCCGAGGGCUGCCAGCUGCGGGUUCGGGAGCUGGAGGCUGAGCUCCAGGAGAUGCAGCUCCUGAGGAAGUCCAGGGCGUGUCUGACGGAGGAGGGCAUAGAAACGUUGCUCGCCAACUGCCCCGAGACUGACGCGCCGGACGAAGCAGUCGCCCUGGACGCGGGAGGAGAUGUUGGGUCCGGCGAUUCGGGAGGCCCGGUGAGGAAGAGCUGCAGUGACACGGCCCUGAACAUCGUCACGGUCCGCGACCCGCCGGGUAGGCGCCAGUCGGGGCGCAAACGGGGGAUGUCUAUCCUGAGCGAGGUGGAUGAGCAGUACCACGCCCUGCUGGAGAAGUACGAGGAGCUGCUGGGAAAGUGCCGGCGCGACGAGGAGAGCCUUCGCCACGCCGAGGUGCAGACGUCACGGCCCGUCUCCAGGGACCCUUCCUUGAAAGAGUAUAGCAUAGCCUCUUCGGGGGCCGCCGCCGCAUUUGUCAGCUCCCCUCCGACUCCUCCGGACGCCCCGUCCACACCGGAGGCAUUGGAAGGCAUCAGUAGGCAGGUGGAGCAAGUGGACAAACGUCUCAGCCAAAACACGCCUGAGUACAAAGCGCUCUUCAAAGAGAUCUUCUCUCGUUUGCAGAAGACCAAGAGUGACGUGAGCGCCACCAAGGGCAGAAAAGGUGGCAAGUGA